AUGAAACGAUAUAAGAAGUGCCACAUUGUCGACAUUGUGCUGGAUAGUGAGCAUGAAUAUCAAACAACACAAAAAGCCGCAACCAACGAUCAGCAUUCUCUUUUGAACGUUUCAUUUCAUGUAGUUAUGUUUUCGCACUUAGUACUUUAUUCAAUCAAACAAAGAAAAAUGGAUAAAGCCAAAUUGGCGUUAAAAUUAUGGGUUGCAAUUACCAACUAA